GUCACGGCCACUUUCCUGCGUAGGAAGACUUCAGAUCUUUGCGCAUCGGCUCUUCAGCUCUCCCAUCGGUUGCGUCCGCUGCCGAUGCGCGUGAGCGUGCGGCCACCCUCUCCCCGAUUGCGCGAAGUCCCACCGCAGUGCGCGCGGGUUGUAUCGCAUCGCCAGCGAGACGACUUCGGAACAGCGACUUCUAUCAUCAUCAUCAACAACCGCAGCAGCAAAGACAGCGGCUGAACUGUCUCUAGUGCGAUGGUUUCCGCUCCGCCAGAAGCAGAUCCGCGCGCGAGCAGCUGACAAACUGAAGUUUAUCUGUUGUCUGUCUAUUGAAGCGACUGUGGUCUACUAGGCUUUUCAGAUUCGACGGACGUUGUCGUUGUCGGAAAUUAUGGUGAGGACGAGGACGGCAUAGCGCAGAGCAGUACAAUUAGGCUCGCUGACGACAGAGAGCGGCGACCAUGCGCGCACCCGUAUAUGGUGAUCGAAGGCAGAUAGUAUAGCAAAUAAUACUUAGUAGUUUUGCUUCUGAGUCGAUCUAUUUGGUACGGAUCUAAGCCGAGUCUGCCCUAACCGCGAGCGGAAAGUCAGUUGCGCAGUGAUCGGGCUGAAGUUCAUGAAGUCGAAGAAGAAGUGAUCACAAACUGGUACCAAUUCCUGUACGGUAUCUUUUCGUAGCGUGCCAGCACUAUUCCCUCACAAAAAAACCGAACUUACGUUGUUAGCUCCGUCGAGAUUAUGCCCUAUGGAAAUUGUUGCGGUUUCUCAAGUGCAGCCAAAAAACAUACUAUACACUGAACAAAGAUCUGUGAUAACCAGCUGGCUACAAUCGGCAAAUUCGUAAACAGGUGAAAGACUUAAACUUCGACGUUUUUUUUUCUCUAAUACUGAAUAUACUGGGAUAUUACUGUGUCGUCGUUGAUCUGCUUCGGUGUCGUUAACCAUAUAAUCCCUGGACUACGGAAGAUGAAAACCGAUGCAAUCGAAGGUGUGGCACCACCAAACAACGAUCGAUUGAUAUGAACGUUGAUGACGUGCGAUUAUAAGUGAGAUAAUAGAAGGGUCGAAAAAACAAAGAAGCAUUGACCUUUUGUCUUCGUUUACACGACCGGCCGAGGCUUCGACCCACUAUCGAAGAUGUCGAACCGCAAGUUGGCCAAGUUCUUGAUUGUGCUAGACAACGAGAGUCUUCUGUAUUUUCCAGGCUCUUUUCUCACCGGGCAGGUAAUCGUCGAGCUCGACGAUGACACCCCUGUACAAGGCCUAUACUUCCAUAUUGUGGGCGAGGGCAUCGUCAAAAUGUCAGGAAACGCCAAUCAACAGGAUAAAGAGAACUACAUCGAUUUUCGAAUGCGACUCCUGGGAGAGAACACCAAACAGUCGGUCGCCUUGUCACCAGGAGUUCACUCUUUUCCCUUCAAGCUUGGAUUACCACUUGGUAUGCCAUCAACGUUUCUGGGAAAACAUGGGUGGGUUCAGUAUUUCUGCAAAGCAGCUCUCAAAGAGCCAAGUGGACUGACGCACAAAAACCAACAGGUGUUUAUAGUCAUGAGCCCUAUCGACCUUAACCUUGAACCAAGUCUGCUCACGCAACCAUUCAACUGUGAAGUGCAGGAAAAGGUCGGCCAGGGCUGCUUUUCCACGGGAAUGAUCAAUUGUCGAGUUCGUCUCGACAAGGGGGGAUACGUACCUGGUGAAAGCAUCGGCUUGAAAGCUACGAUCAACAACCAGUCGAGGGUCGCUAUCAAGAAAACAAAAGCUAUCCUAACUGAGACGAUCCAGUACACCGCCAAAAAUAAGGUCGUUGCGACGGAAAUUCGCGAACUGGCAACUAUUGAGAAAGGGAAGAUCGAGCCCCGUCAAAUUUCCGAUUGGGACAACGAGCUUCUCUAUAUACCGCCUUUACCGCCAACGAACCUUCGGGGAUGUCAUCUCAUCCGUAUUCAAUACGAUGUUUUCUUCGUUGUCAUUCUGAAGGGCUUACAGAAGGACAUCCGACUUCAAUUACCCAUUCUGAUGGCAACAUAUCCUCUACGGAAUCCAGAUGGAACUCUUAAGCGCGGUCGAAAUCCUGCACAUUUUCCAUCCGUCUUACCUAUUUUCAGGCCAGCGAGCGAGGUCAAAUAUUGAUCCUACAACAGGACCUUUCACAUGGUAUAGUUAAAGACUGCAGCAAUGGUUAACCACUGUGUGCAUACGGGGCACUGUAGAUACUUCGUCGUGUUAGCGAAUCUACUGUUACAUGAUACUAUUAGAUAUAAAACACUAAGCUUUUUGAUUUCAAGGAAGAACAAAACGUUUAGUUAUGAUAGAACGUUGACUCUUGGAUGAAUGAAUGAGUAUCCGCCCUGUACUAGAGCCAGUUGGCCACGUUUCAAUUAUUCCAUAGGACUUAUUUGGGUUAUAGUAGGAAAUCUGCCGAUGUUGAUAAUUAAGUCGUAACUUACGAGGGUAAUAGCAAAAAAUGUAAGCACGAUUUAAUUGAAGUCAUUUCAGUAAACCUAGCGCUGUGUAGGUAAACAUAAUUGUUAGAAUUAAUUUAAACAGGUCAUUCAGUGUAGGCUGAAAUAGCUUAGACAACCAAAUCCAUCGAGUACUUCCUAGGCCUGAAGAGAAAGGCGGUAAAGUAAUAGAGCAAGGAAACAGUUUAGUCAUUAAUAACUGAGAGAUUAAAUAAACGUAUUGAGCUGAAUUUAUAGAAUUAAUUGCGUUAGGUAACGGCACUUGAAUGCAAGGUUAUGAAUAUCAGUGAAGGAUAUUUGGCAGCGAGAGAAUGUCAUGCUCAAUCAUCAAGUCGCGGUGUUGCCCUCUAAUGCAGGGCGAAACGGUCGCGGAGAGCAUAUAGAAGGAGGAAUGUUAAAAUAAUUGCAUAUUUUUUUAUUUAUUUUUAAUUUAAUAUAAAUUAUUCUAAAACAUAGUAUAUUUUCUCAGUCAAGAUUCCGGCACCCUUUGCCGUCAAUAAGUAAUCAAGUCGAGGAGCAACUGCUUACCUGAAUAUCGAACUGAAAGCUUUUAAUUACGGCUAAUGUCAUGCUCAGAGUGUGUCGACUAACGGCAAAUAUAUGCAUUUGUUGUUGAUCUGAUGUGUAUUUAGAAAGCAAAAUCCAAUAAAAGUUAGACUAUUAAAUCAUUGUCGUUUCUUGCACAACAGUUCUACGGUCAGAAACCUAAACAAAAACUUCACAGAAACACAUCUCAUUUUGUACUAAAUUUUCUUGAGACGACUCACGUAUUCAGCAUGUUUCCGUUGCCUCUAUAUUUAGUUCUUUACCGUAAACACUAUGACGACCAAUGAAGAAAAUAAAUGUAAAUUCAUUGGUUCCAGAUGAGGCGCAAGU